AACCCACUAUUUUGGAAUACUUGUUUUCCGGUUCUUCUUUAAUUCCUCUCUCUUUUUUUUAAUUAAAAAGAUAACAAAUGGCUUCUCUUCACGAUUCAAUUUCAGCAGCGAACACCGCCGCCGCCAACGGCAACACGGUGCCGCCGUUUCUGAGCAAAACUUACGAUGUGGUGGAUGACCCAUCCACGAACUCUGUCAUUUCGUGGAGUAGUGGUAACAACAGUUUCGUUGUAUGGAAAGUACCGGAGUUUUCAAGGGACCUUCUGCCCAAGUAUUUUAAGCAUAAUAACUUCUCCAGCUUUGUCAGACAGCUCAAUACAUAUGGUUUUAGAAAAGUUGACCCAGACCGUUGGGAAUUUGCAAAUGAGGGGUUCCUAAGAGGUCAGAAGCAACUCCUGAAAACUAUCAACAGGCGAAAACCUACUAAUGUCCAUAUUAAUCAACAACCUCAAGUCCAGAGCUCAACAGUUGGAGCUUGCAUUGAGGUAGGAAUGUUUGGACUCGAAGAGGAGGUUGAAAGGCUGAAGAGGGACAAGAAUGUUCUUAUGCAGGAACUUGUUAGGCUGAGACAGCAGCAACAAGCCACAGAUAACCAGUUGCAAGCUAUAGGGCAGCGUGUACAGGUGAUGGAGCAGAGACAGCAGCAAAUGAUGUCUUUUCUUGCUAAGGCCAUGCGAAGUCCAGGUUUCUUAAACCAGCUUGUACAACAGCAGAAUGAAAGCAACAGGCAGCUUACUGGUGGAAACAAAAAGAGGAGACUCCCCAGGCAGGAUGAGGAAAACUUAACUGGUGAAAAUGGCACCAUAUCUCCCAAAGGGCAGAUUGUAAAGUUUCAACCUUCACUUAAUGAGGCAGCAAAGGCAAUGCUGCACCAGAUAUUGAAGAUGAACACAUCACCUGGGCAGGAACCUUCGAUAGAUAACUCUGGUGCUUUCAUGAUUGAUGGUAUUCCUUCUUCCAAUGCACUAGACAGUGGCAGCUGCUCCAGUCGGAUUUCUGGAGUGACACUUUCAGAAGUUCCUCCAGCUUCUGGGCAAUCUUAUCUGCAAGCAGAAUCAAGUUUUCCUGACGCUAGUGAGCAUACUGAGGUAGGUAAAAUAUUGGAUAUAAUUCUGCAUAAAUCACAAAAAGAUGCAGUUUUUCCAAACAUCCCUCAGAUGCAAGCGAUUGUGCCUGAUAGUGAUAAUAAUAUUGGCUUUACUGAUGCAAGUUUGGGAGGAGGGUCUGAGAGAGGGAAUGCAGGGUAUGCUGAUCCAAUGUCCGCCAUUUUGGAUUGUGCAAAAUCUAUAGAAACGGGUGAGCUUUCUACUGAUCAUGAUAUGGACAUCUUGCUGGAUGGAACCCCUAAGCUUCCGGCAAUUAGUGAUGUUUUCUGGGAACAGUUUCUUACAACAAGUCCCCCCAGCGGGGACACAGAUGAAAUCAACUCUAGUCCUCCUGAAAAUGGUGCAACUGGUGAACAUGAAUUACUGUUAGGGAAGGAUAAUGGAUGGGAUGGGAUGGGAUUCAACAUAUGAAUCCUCUUACGGAGCAAAUGGGCCUUCUUACGUCAAAUAGCCAGAGGUGUUGAUGGCCUAGAAAUUGUGUAAAUGUUUUU